CUAUAGGGGGAAGUGUUAUAGAACAAGUACUACCAAGCGGUGCCCGUUCAGCAGUGAGGAGUGAUAGUAAGAGGUGGUAGGAGAACUGACGUAGUGUGUAGAUUAUUUUUUGACACAUUCGUUUUGUUUCGACUAUAUUGUAGUCGUACCUACCCGGCUGGCUUCAUUCUAUACGUUGACUUCGUAGAGACCAACAGUUGUCUCUUCAAUAAGCUGCCCCUCUUGGUUUUUUUUUUACACACAUACCGUUUACAGGCAGGCAACAUUUUUUUACUCAAGUGAAUGAAAAAUAAUAAUAAGGAAUCUUGCUAUCCCGCAGUUGUAUUAUUACGGACUUAAUAUAUAUAUAUAUAUAUAUAUAUGUAUAUACAUAUAAAACAUAGCAAAUUUAUUAACUGCUAUAAAUAUAUUUGUUUAAACUUUUAAUUGAACUUUUCAUUGGAAACAGAGGAUUUAUAUACAUAUAUGAAUAUAAACAUAUAACAUCUCUGUAUUUUCUUUCAUCCAAUAACUAUAUUUCCACGGAUUCGUCUAAUUAUUGAUAUCAGCAUUCUUCAAGACACGGACUUCUUUAUAGCCCAUCGAACCAAAUACCUGCUCCUACUCGUAUUUUCUUCACAAACCAUUCUUUUAUCGUCUUUUAACCUCGAUCGGUUUAUUUUGAAAUAUUAAUUUCCAUUAAUUAAUUAUUUCUUUCCAAGAAUAAUAAUUUAGCGUUUGAUUAAAUUCAUGGACGACGCCGCCCGACGUUUUCACCGUAAAUAUUCCAAAUAUUCGCUACUGUAUUGCUAUAUUGAUGAUAUAUAAAUAACAUCAGAGAAAAAUUUUUUAAUCAUUUUUACCUGUUGCUAAUCACCAAAAUAUUUAGUGGUGACCAGGUGUUGUUAAAUUUGUGAAAAAUAUAUUUAAAAAAACAGUCAUCCGGUUAAAGACUUAAAAUUUGUUACCCGUUCUUUUUAUAUAUAUAUACAAGAUAUAUUAAAGCAAUAUAAUAACUAUAAGUAACAAGAGAGAAAGAAGAAAUUAAUCGAAAUGGAAUCUACAGCGACAUCAGACACAAACACCGCCACAUUGUUUCAAAUUUCGGACGACAAAUACACGGCAUCUAUCGAAUUAUCGAAUGCCUGUCGAGAAUUUUAUCGAUCGAGGAUUAAAGCAGCAGAAAUCGCUCGCAAGAAACUCGAGUGUGAUUCAAAUUUCGACAAAAGUGACACCGGUUCUAACUCAACCGGUGCUAAUAACCAUCGUGUUCGCAAGAAGACCACAAUAGACAUCGCUAUGGAACAAUUACGAAGGGAAAUGAAUUCCCUGAUGGACCAAGACUUAUCAUUAAUGAAACAGCUUCUGAUUCUGAAUGAAACCAUUGAAGAUCUAAAAGUGCAGCGAGGUUAUUUGUCCAGUCGUGGGUCUUUACCGUCCAGUUCCUGUGACCUGAGCGAAAGUCAAUGGUCAGUUUCAGAAACAGAAAUGUUUGAGUCGGAAAAUGAAUUGACCAACAAAUACGCAUCACCUUCAACUUUAUCGUUAAAUCUCGAACACAAAUGUCACAUUACUAGUGACUUCGAAGAUCUCAUUAACGAGGCCAACAAGAAAAUGUGUAUCACUAAAAAGUUCUUUGAAAGAAAAAAUGGCGACCAGUCACCGACGAAAACAAACGCUGGAGUAAAUUCUAAUAGCAACAGCGGAAGUGCUAAUAACUCUGUAAUAAAUAACAAUAAUAAUAAUAGUAAUAACAAUAACAAUAUCAGCAGCAGCAGUAAAAAUUAUUUUGACAACGAUUUCUCGAAGAGAGCAAAACAUGAGGAGCAAAAUUCGUUUGACUCUGGAAUACACGAAACUAAUUUCGACUCUAAAAUCACCGUUUAGAAAAUGAGAUCUGAUAGAUUGCGUGUGGAAAUAACUGAUUAAGACUAAGAAAAAAUGAAAGCAUGGCUGAAAGUGAACGAAUGUUUUCAAACCUUUCAGGCAUGUUUUUGAUUCUAAAGAACGAGUGACCACAAAGAGGGCACCUGUUUUGUUUGGUAAAAAAACAUAAAGGUGACAUUUCGUUCUGUUACUAGUUUCGUGUGGAACCCAACAUUCGAAUUCUAAAAUCGAAAUAUAAAAAAAGUGUUUGAAAGAGUAUUACUGUUGUGCAAACAGUGUGAAAGGAUUUUGUUGUCUGAAAUAAUUUGUGGAAAUUGUGUGAGAAACUUGAAACCUGAAGACAUCAAAGACAUCCGACCAUCUGUCAUUUUUCAUACAGACCACUUUAGCACAUCUUAAAGCAGUAAUUUUUGCCAGGGUUAAACCAAAACUUCAUGAUUUUUCGACUAAUUAACAACAUGGCGUCCGUGUUUGUAAUAGACCUCUCAUCGAUUCAACCCAUUCUAAUUCUACGAAAAUAUCGUUUGUGGGUGUAUUAUAUGUAUACAUACCUUUAUAUGCUUGGAAAUGCAGGAUUGUAUGCAUGUGAACAAACCUACAUCAAUAGCCAUCAUAGAUGUACUCAUAAGAGACAUCUAUUUCUAAUCGAACUUGCAAUGACGUUUCCAAAUAGGCUAUGCUUAAUUUCUGAGAAAGAACGACAGACAGUAAGAUGUGAUGCGUGUAUGCGAAAUGUGAGAAGGACCGCCAAGAAAUAACCAAAGAAUUGAAUGUACUGAAUGACCAAAAUGAGAGAAUUAAAAUAGAGCAACUUUGACGACGACCACGAUAAACUGACCUGGACCAGGACGAAAAUAUCAAGACACGAGAAGGAAUGAUAUAAUGAGCGUGAAAGAAAGUGUAUAAGAAAGAUGUAAAUGUCAAAAAGAAACCCGUGUGAGCUGCGGGCGGAAACGGUGUACUGAAAACAAGAUGUACAUACAUUAAACUAAAAUGGAAAUUUUAUUCUGUAACAACUCUGCACAUGUGUGUGUGUACGUACGUACGUAUAUAUAUAUAUGAGACUGACUCCUGGUUUGAUCCAGAAACUGAAAAAUAUGAAGAUACGACAUCUUCCCAGGAUUGUGUUUGCUUAGAAGAUGUCGAGACGAAGGAAAUGUCCAAGAAUGCCAUUUUAUCCACUAUUUUAGUUGCAGUGAAAAAAACAGUUGUUAAAAUGAAGAAAUGCUCUGCUGAAAGCAAAUGACCUCUUACCUAAUGCCAUCUUAUUCCAAACUCUUCUUAUUUUAAUAUUUUUUUCUUUCUCACUCUCACUCUUUGUCUCUCCCCUCCAUUAUAAAAUCAGCUCAGCAAGCAAUCAUACCACCUUGACACACUCAACAACACCAUCAAUGUAACUGUCCAUCACCAUUGUAACCAGGCCAUCGCCAUCGCUAUGUUGCAAAAGGGACAGAAAAUAAUAAGGAAAAGAUUGCUUAAACGAAAAUAAAACAGUAAAUAGACUUUACCAGCAAUGCUUUUUUGGGGAAAAAAUUACAAAAAA